CUCUUGGCAUAUCGCACUAAGCAAGAAAUCAUGGAAAUGUCCGAGGCACUCCGAUUUCGAUCACACAACUUCUCCCUCUUCCCACGUGCACCCAUCUCUUCCACAGAGCACCCUCACAAUUUGAUGCCCAUUUCACCAAAAUUCAGUUCAAACACAAGGCUGUCGGUGACAACGGCGAAGAAAAAGUCAAGCAUCGAAGGUGUGAGCGAAGAGUUGACCGCCAUAGCCUCUCUGAACCUUGACUUCGCACCUUCGCGGAGACGGGUUCGUUCAGCUUUCACCGAGGUGCACCAGCAGCUGGACCAUUUCUUGUUCAAGGCUGCUCCUGCUGGGAUCAAAACUGAGGAAUGGUACGAAAGGAACUCCAGGGGAUUGGAAAUUUUCUGCAAAAGCUGGAUGCCUGAAUCUGGCGUUCCACUCAAGGCUGCUUUGUGUUUUUGUCAUGGAUAUGGCAGCACUUGCACUUUUUUCUUUGAAGGUAUUGCCAAAAGAAUAGCUGCUUUUGGGUAUGGUGUUUAUGCUAUGGACUAUCCAGGUUUUGGUCUAUCUGAUGGCUUACACGGUUAUAUACCAGAUUUUGAUGAUUUGGUUAAUGCCGUUAUAGAACAUUAUUCAAAAAUCAAAGACAGGCCUGAGGUGAGUGGGUUGCCUCGAUAUAUUAUGGGGCAGUCUAUGGGUGGAGCAAUUGCUCUUAAGGUACAUUUGAAGGAACCAAACACUUGGGAUGGAGUAAUCCUUGUUGCACCAAUGUGUAAAAUCGCAGAGGGUAUGCUACCGCCAACUGCAGUUUUGAAGGUAUUAAGUAUUCUGUCUAAAGUGAUGCCAAAGGCAAAGCUGUUCCCACACAAAGAUAUAUCUGAGCUAACUUUCCGAGAACCUCGCAAAAGAAAAGUGGCUGGUUACAAUGUUAUUUCUUAUGAUGAUCCAACACGAUUGAAAACUGGCAUGGAGCUUCUAAGUGCCACUCAAGAAAUCGAGUUACAAUUACACAAGGUUUCAGCUCCCUUAUUGAUUCUUCACGGGGCAGCAGAUAAGGUGACAGAUCCAUUAGUGAGUCAAUUUCUUUAUGAGAAAGCUUCUAGCAAGGAUAAGACACUGAAGAUCUAUGAAGGAGGUUACCACGGCAUCUUGGAAGGAGAACCUGAUGACAGAAUUUCUGCUGUUCAUAAUGACAUUAUCUCAUGGCUUGAUUCUAGGUGCUAACUUGAAUGAGGUUUAUAGUGAGUUGUUUGUGAGAAUAUUUGUGAAAUUAACAGUUCAGUGAGGAAAACAAUAAUAUAAAUUUUACACGAAUAUUCGUACACAAUUUUUUGUGAAUUAUUUGAAAUGAAUUUGUUUGUCAUUUCUUCAACU